AUGCCUCUUCUCCAAGUGUCCAUUACGGAUACGCUCUACAUAUCAAACAGGUAUAUCUCGUCGCAUAUUAGAGCGACUAAGCGUGAACCAAGACAGGAGUUUCUCAAACCGCGCACAGAGCAUCCGUUCACACCACUCAUACCCAGCAUACUUCGCCCCAUGCCUCCCCUCCAAAUCCUCCUCCUCACAAGCCUCUGGGCAUCUGCCGUGCUCGCCGUCAUCACCCCAACACAAACCCUUCACACCACCACACUCCCGCAGCAUCGACGCGCCCUCGACUACGACGGCUAUGCACGAAUCGCCGCGUCCAGUUGUAGCUGCGGCGACGACGACAGCAGCGGGAGCAGUAGUAGCAUUUGCAAACGACGACUCGCAGCACGCACAGACGUAGGUCUCGACGCCGUGGUCGCCGCAGGGCCAGACGAAGAUCUGACCACGGCCGGGCUCUCAACAUGCAUGGGGAUUGUCGUGACGGGGACGGCGAAGGCGGGCGGAGCGCGGGUGAGGACGCAUUUUAUGGCGCAUCUGGGGAUGGGAGACGGCGUGGACGAGAUCUUCGGUGUGCUGGAGGAUCUGGUGAAGAACAGUGCGGAUGGGCUUCAGGAUCUGAAGAGCUAUGCUACGGUCGCGAGGCUGACGAGGGAGAAUGUGCGGGGCGUUAUGGAGGAGGAUUUGGGAGAGGGGGAAGAUAGGGUGGAUGAGGAGGAUGUAGAGGGGUUCAUGGCAUAUUUGCAGGAGUUGUAUGUUGAGUUGUGUAGGAAGCUGGAUGGCUUGGCGGUGAUUGCCGGUAUAGGUUUCCAUGACCCCUCGCAGUGGAAUACCAUGGACUCGCUUCACGAUGGGACUGUUAGGGUAAACGGCAAAGUUCUUUAG